CUGUCCCACAGCGGCCCGGAGCCAGGGCGGAGAGCGGCCGGGCCCCAGAGGAAGGCGCGACCCCCCACCCGCCGGGACCCGCGCCCGGACGGCGGCCCACAAGGUCUCUGGACCCUGAAGCCGCCGGCCCCCACUUGGAUUCCCUGCCUACCUCGGACUGAACGAGCCUGCCCCCCUCAUUCUUGCCCCCUCCUCUUCCAACUCCCCCCUUCCCCCCCUCCUCCCCUGCCCACGGCGUCCCCCGGGGGGGGCGAACAUCUUGGGGCCCUGCCGGCGGUGAUUCUGCCCUCGGGGGGCAGAGGAGGGAAGCUGGAACCGGCUGAGAACAUGAGUGACUUCUGGCACAAGCUGGGCUGCUGCGUGGUGGAGAAGCCCCAGCCAAAAAAGAAGCGGAGACGGAUCGACCGGACGAUGAUCGGCGAGCCUAUGAACUUCGUCCACCUGACUCACAUCGGCUCGGGGGACAUGGGGGCCGGGGACGGACUCUCCAUGACAGGCGUGGUGCAGGAGCAGAUGAGAUCCAAGGGGAAUCGCGAUCGGCCGUGGAGCAGCUCCCGGGGCUUGUAGCCUGCCGGCUCGGGUCCGCCCAGAGAGGACAACACCACCCCCCUGCCCGCCCGGUCAUCCCCCUUCUGCCAACUCUACCCCUGGAAGCCCCUACCCGCCCCCCCGCCGCCCCGCCCCAGCAUCCCAUGCCCGGAGGGGUCCCUGCUGGUCUGUGCCCUCUCAGGGCUGGGUGCCCCGACGGUGCCCCCGCCUUGGCCCAUGCCCCCUUGUCCCGGCGGCGGGUAGCAGGGCUCUCGGGCACCCACCGACCUGACCCCAGGAGCCUGCGGGCGGCGGGCACAGGCCUGCAGAUCCUGCCUCCUGAAUGACGGCCUGGGCACUCGGAUGGACUCUCGCUCCCCUCCGUGACCUCCCCGAUGCCCCUCCCCUCCAGGGGGACCGAGGAUGGGGUGCUGUAUCAGCGUUGGAGCCCCUUCUUCCUGUUUGGGACCUCACCAGCAGGACCCCUCCCUCCUUCCAUUCCCCG